AUGGAAAAUGAGAUCAAGAAAGGUAAGCAAAAGAUUGAAUUGAACUUAAUUGAGUCAGAGAGAGCACGCGCUAUAAGCUUUUCCAAAAGGAAAAAAACCUUGUUCCAAGAUGCAGAAAAGCUUGCAAAUCGGAGUGGAGAUGAAGUUGGCAUUAUGCUUUUUUCACCUGGUGGAAAACCUCUUUCUUGUGGUUCCACAAGUAUUGAAGAUAUAAUUGAUAAGUUUUUAAAAGGGAAACUAGAGGAUCGCCAACAUGAUCAUGCUCAGGGCAAACCAAUUGGAUUUGAGGAACUUGAAGAUCUUCGCAAAGAAUUCAAAAUUCUUAACGAGAAAGAAAGAAAACGAAUAUUAAUGUAUAAGAUUACACACCCUGGCUCAGAAAUACCUCCAGAUAAACACAUGGAGGAGCAGAGGGUGGCAAUGUUGUUGCGGGUAAAGAAAAUUUUAAAUGAAACAAAAAAUGCUAUUUUGGGUGAGCAUUUUAAGUUUGAUUUAAAUGUUGUCCCUGAGCCAGAAGAAGAUGAGAGUUCUUGA